UGGCUAGCCGCCAUCUUGCUUCUUUUUCCUCGCUUGCUCUCACCCUCUCAGGAGGUAGCGAAAGUGCUUUGGCGGUUUGUACGGCUGCGGCUCGGGCUUCCCGGACCGGGCGGCCUUGCGGACGAUCCCUCGAGGCUCCCUCCCCACCCCCUGAUCCGUACCUGGCGAGCCCCGUGGGAAGCGCGCAGAACUCGGUCUUUUUCACCCUGGCGGAGUACUUUUAAGGGUGUGGCAGGAGGUUUUGGACUCGAUGAGUUUCCACCGAAAUGUCGGAGAAGUCAGGCCAGAGCACAAAAGCAAAGGAUGGGAAAAAGUAUGCAACACUCAGUUUGUUUAAUACUUACAAAGGAAAGUCCUUGGAAACUCAGAAGACUACAGUUGCAGCUCGACAUGGAUUACAAAGUCUUGGAAAAGUUGGUAUUUCCCGGCGGAUGCCUCCACCUGCUAACCUCCCAAGUCUCAAAGCAGAGAACAAAGGCAAUGAUCCUAAUGUGAAUAUUGUGCCAAAGGACGGCACAGGAUGGGCAUCCAAACAAGAGCAGCAUGAAGAAGAAAAAGCACCAGAAGUGUCACCAGCACAGCCAAAACCUGGGGUUGCAGCUCCCCCAGAAGUAGCACCUGCUCCAAAAUCAUGGGCCAGUAACAAGCAAGGUGGGCAAGGAGAUGGAAUCCAAGUGAACAGUCAAUUUCAGCAGGAAUUUCCCAGCCUGCAGGCAGCUGGAGAUCAGGAAAAGAAAGAAAAAGAAACAAAUGAUGAAAACUAUGGACCUGGCCCCAGUUUACGGCCACCAAAUGUUGCUUGUUGGAGAGAUGGUGGUAAGUCUGCUGGCUCACCUUCCUCUGAUCAGGAUGAAAAGCAACUUGGCCAGGAUGAAAGCACAGCUAUAACAUCAGAACAAAAUGAUAUUCUCAAAGUAGUGGAAAAGAGGAUAGCUUGUGGUCCUCCACAGACCAAGCUGAAUGGACAACAGGCUGCCCUUGCUUCUCAGUAUAGAGCUAUGAUGCCUUCAUAUAUGUUUCAACAGUACCCAAGGAUGGCAUAUCCUCCUCUACAUGGCCCCAUGAGAUUCCCACCUUCUUUAUCUGAAACAAACAAAGGCCUUCGAGGAAGAGGUCCUCCUCCUUCGUGGGCUUCUGAGCCUGAACGCCCAUCCAUCCUUAGUGCAUCAGAACUGAAGGAGCUUGAUAAAUUUGAUAACCUAGAUGCUGAAGCUGAUGAAGGAUGGGCAGGUGCUCAGAUGGAAGUAGAUUAUACAGAACAGCUGAAUUUCAGUGAUGACGAUGAGCAAGGAAGUAGUAGUCCUAAAGAGAACAGCAGUGAGGAUCAAAGUUCAAAAACACCUGAAAACACAGAAAACCGAAAAGAAAUAGAUGAAGCAUCUGGCACCAAAUUAUCUUCUCAGAUACCUGCUCAGCCUCCAGGAGCAAAAAGUCCUUAUGGAAAGGGACCUCCAUUUAAUCAGGAGCGUGGACCUUCUUCACACUUGCCACCACCUCCCAAGUUGCUUGCACAACAGCAUCCCCCACCUCCAGAUCGACAAGUACCUGGAAGACAAGGCCCUUUUCCUUCAAAGCCUCAAGUACCUGAUAAUGAUGAAAUCUGGAAGCAAAGACGAAAACAACAAUCUGAAAUCUCUGCAGCAGUAGAGCGUGCUCGCAAACGGCGCGAGGAGGAAGAGCGAAGAAUGGAGGAACAGAGGAAGGCGGCGUGUGCAGAGAAAUUGAAACAGCUGGACGAGAAGCUGGGUAUCAUAGAAAAACAACCAUCUCCAGAGGAGCUCAGAGAAAAGGAGAGGGAGAAGGAAAGGGAGCGGGAGAGAGAACUUGAAAAAGAGAAGGAACAGGAACGAGAGAGGGAGCGGGAGCUCGAGAAAGAGCAGGAAAGACAGAAAGAAAUGGAGAAGGAAAGACAGCAAGAGAAAGAGCUAGAACAACAGAGGGAAAAGGAGCAAGAACUGCAAAGGUUGAAAGAAGAGGAGAAAGAGGGUGAGUUGAAGGAAAAGGAGAAAGAAGAGAAAGUUGAACCCCAAGAGCCCAUUUUAGAGCCUGUGACAGAAAAACAAGAAAGUGAAACCAACUGUAAUACAGAAGAGGAAGCAGUUUUCACUAGACAGGACAGCAAUCGCAGUGAGAAGGAGACCACACAAGUGGUGCAGGAAGCAGAACCUGAGUCCGGCUCUCAGCCCCGACCUGCUGGAUUAUCGGGCUAUUUCAAACAGUUUCAGAAAUCGUUGCCACCACGAUUUCAGCGGCAGCAGGAACAAAUGAAACAGCAGCAGUGGCAGCAGCAGCAACAGCAGCAGCAGCAGCAGCAGCAGCAGCAGCAAGGUGUACUUCCACAGACUGUUCCUUCACAACCAUCUAAUGGUUCGGUCCCUCCUCCACCACACAGACCUCUUUAUCAGCCAAUGCAACCCCACCCUCAGCAUUUGGCUUCUAUGGGUUUUGAUCCAAGGUGGCUCAUGAUGCAGUCCUAUAUGGAUCCUCGAAUAAUAUCGGGGAGGCCUGCUAUGGAUAUUCCACCCAUUCAUCCUGGAAUGAUUCCUCCUAAACCAUUAAUCAGAAGAGACCAGAUGGAAGGGUCACCAAAUAGUUCUGAGUCAUUUGAGCAUAUAGCUCGAUCUGCAAGAGAUCACGGAAUUUCCCUUUCUGAACCUCGAGUGAUGUGGGGAUCAGAUCCCUAUCAUGCUGAACCGCAGCAGGCAGCCACUCCCAAGUCAGCUGAAGAACCUGGGGAUGCAAGGCCUGAAACUGCUUUGGACCAUGAGCAAAUUCCUGCUGCUUAUUCUGUAGAACAUAGUCAUCUGGAGACUCAUUCAAAAACAGAGGCUGCUAGAGACUCAGGUGAAACAGAAGGACAAAAGUUUUUAAGCAGAUCAGUGGAAGAUGUAAGACCUCACCAUGCUGAUACAAAUAAUCAGUCUGCUUGUUUUGAUGUGAUUGAUCAAAAGAGCUUACCUACUCCUCCAGAAGAGCGAAUUUCGGCACUAGAAAGUCAACCUGCCCGGAAAAGAAGUGUUUCCCAUGGAUCUAACCAUGCUCCAAAAGCAGAGGAGCAAAGAAACGAGCCCUCUGUCAGCCUUCCUAAAGUCAGCAGCAGGUGUAUUGAUUCUAAAGAAACUGUAGAAAAGCCAGAGGAGAAGCCAAGAAAAGAUGGCUUUCUGCGAUCUUCUGAAGGACCUAAACCAGAGAAAAUAUACAAAUCUAAGUCAGAAACUCGUUGGGGUCCAAGACCAAGCUCCAACAGAAGAGAAGACGGUAAUGAUAGGCCUGUAAGAAGGUCCGGACCCAUUAAAAAACCUGUGCUUAGAGAUAUGAAAGAGGAGCGGGAGCAGAGGAAGGAGAAAGAAGGCGAGAAGGUUGAAAAGGUCACGGAAAAAGUUGUUAAAACAGAAAAACCAGAGAAGAAAGAGCUUCCUCUUCCUCUACCACCUCCAACACCAGUUCAGGCACAGUCACUGGUUCCACCACCAGUUCAGCCAGAACCAGAGAAACUACCAUCAACAGAACCUUCCGCUUUGGCUCAGAAGCCAUCUCAAGAGAGUGAGAAGCCUUUGGAACCUGUGGCUAGUGUCCAGGUAGAGCCUCUGGUUAAAACUGGAAAUCAACAAAAUGUUGUAGCACCAACCGUCAAAGAAGAAAAGCAGCCCGAGAAAGUCAUCCACAAAGACGUCGUUGGGGCAGAACGACCUCGGCCGGAUUCUAGAGCACCAGUUAAAAAAGACUCCCCUUUACCAACUCCUAGGACCUACUGGAAAGACGCUAGAGAGAGAGAUUGGUUUCCAGACCAAGGCUACAGAGGCAGAGGUAGAGGAGAGUAUUACUCCAGAGGUCGAAGCUACAGAGGCUCUUAUGGGGGUCGUGGCAGAGGUGGUAGAGGGCACGCUCGUGAUUAUCCUCAGUAUAGAGACAGUAAGCCAAGAACAGAGCAUGGUCCUUCAGGACCUCUCAGACAACGAGAAGAAAGUGAAACACGAAGUGAGAGUUCCGAUUUUGAGGUUGUUCCCAAAAGACGGCGACAGAGGGGUUCCGAGACUGACACGGACAGUGAAGUUCCUGAAAGUGCCAGUGACAAGGAUAGCUUAAGCAAAGGCAAAUUUCCUAAAAGAGAGGAACGGCCUGAAAACAAAAAACCUGUCAAGCCCCAGGCUUUUAAGCCUGAAAAUCAUGUCCGAAUAGACAAUAGGCCAUUAGAAAAACCUUAUAUCAGAGAUGAGGAUAAAUCUAAACCAGGUUUCCUUCCUAAAGGAGAGCCUACAAGGAGAGGUAGAGGAGGAACAUUCAGACGAGGUGGAAGGGACCCCGGAGGCCGACCAUCACGCCCUGCCACCUUAAGAAGGCCUGCUUAUCGGGACAAUCAGUGGAACCCAAGGCAAGCAGAACCUCCAAAACCUGAUGAUGGAGAGCCACCAAGAAGACAUGAGCAGUUUAUGCCUGUACCCGCAGAUAGACGACCUCCAAAAUUUGAACGGAAAUUCGACCCAGCUAGAGAGAGGCCACGGAGGCAACGUCCAACUCGACCACCAAGGCAAGAUAAGCCUCCUCGAUUUAGACGGCUAAGAGAGAGAGAGGCUGCUUCAAAAACAAGUGAGGUGUUGGUACCUGCAAAUGGCACAGUUAAUAAUGUUGUUCAAGAACCAGUUAAUCCCCCUGGGGACAUAUCUGGAAAUAAGACCCCAGAUUUGUCUAAUCAGAACUCUUCAGAUCAGGCAAAUGAGGAAUGGGAAACUGCUUCUGAAAGUAGUGAUUUCAAUGAGAGACGUGAGAGGGAUGAAAAAAAAAAUGCCGAUGUGAGUUCACAAGCAGUUGUAAAGGCUGGAGAGAAUGUUUUGCCUCCAAAAAGAGAAAUAGCAAAGAGGAGUUUUUCUAGUCAGAGACCUGGAGUUGAUCGACAGAAUCGUCGUGGCAACAAUGGCCCACCCAAAUCAGGAAGGAAUUUCUCAGGUCCUAGGAAUGAAAGAAGAAAUGGCCCACCAUCAAAAAGUGGAAAGAGAGGGCCAUUUGAUGACCAGUCCUCAGGCACAGCUGGUGUUGACCCUGUCAAUGGUAAUGCUGCACACCACCAAGAAGGAGCACCUAAUGGUGCUGGACAAAAGAAUUCCAAGGAUGCUACUGGAAAAAAGAGAGAGGACCCCAAACCAGGUCCUAAAAAGACCAAAGAGAAAGUAGAUGCUCUCUCACAGUUUGAUCUCAACAAUUAUGCAAGUGUUGUUAUAAUUGAUGAUCAUCCUGAAGUAACUGUAAUUGAAGAUCCCCAGUCAAAUUUGAAUGAUGAUGGCUUUACUGAAGUGGUAUCUAAAAAACAGCAAAAGCGGUUACAGGAUGAGGAACGCCGAAAGAAGGAAGAACAAGUUGUACAGGUGUGGAACAAAAAAAAUGUAAAUGAAAAAGGAAGAGGUCAGACUUCUAAACUCCCUCCAAGGUUUGCCAAAAAACAAGCCACAGGGACUCAGCAAGCGCAAGCUCCAACCUCUGCUGCGGUUUCCGUCUCUUCCUCAGCUGCAGUUUUAACAUCCCCAGCAGCUUCAGUUCCAGCCUCCACCCCAGCUCCAGUUCUGGUUCUGGCCUCAGCCACUGCUCUAGCUCCAGCCUCCACCCCAGCUCCAGUUCUCACUUCAAGCCCAGCUCCAGCUCCAGCUCCAGCUCCAGCCCCAGCCCCAGCCCCAGCCCCAGCCCCAGCCCCAGCCCCAGCCUCAGCUCCUGUUCCAGUGUCCACUUCAUCCUCAGUCACAGCCUCUUCCUCACCCCAAGUCUCAGUUCCAGCUCCAACUCCUGUCCUUGCCUCAGCAUCAACUACAGCCUCCGUCCCCAUUCUUGCCUCAGCUUCAAUUCCUAUCCUUGCUUCAGCACUGGCACCAGCUUCAGUUUCUUCCCCAACCCCAGGAGUCUCAGCCCCAGCUGUACCAACUAUUUCAACAUCAACUGCCCCAGCCUCAGCCCCAGCAGCCUCAGUUCCACUUGCCCCAGCCUCGGCUGCAACCACUGCCCCAGCCCCAGCCGCACCAGUACAGACUCAGACACAGACCCACAAACCAGUCCAGAGUCCACUUCCACCUCCAACACCAUCUUCAAAACAGCCACCACCUUCAAUUAGAUUACCUUCAGCUCAAACAUCUAAUGGCACAGAUUAUGUAGCCACAGGAAAAUCCAUCCAGACUCCACAAUCCCAUGGUCCUCUAACAGCUGAAUUGUGGGAUAACAAAGUGGCUGCUCCAGCUGUGCUGAAUGACAUCUCUAAAAAAUUAGGUCCUAUUAGUCCACCACAGCCACCUUCAGUCAGCGCAUGGAAUAAGCCCUUGACGUCAUUUGGAUCAGCAACUUCAUCAGAGGGAACAAGAAAUGGUCAAGAGAAUGGUGUGGAAAUUGGAAUUGACACAAUUCAGUUUGGUGCUCCAGCUUCAAAUGGGAAUGAAAAUGAGGUGGUUCCUGUGCUUUCAGAAAAACCAACCGACAAAGUUCCUGAACCUAAAGAGCAGCGUCAGAAACAGCCACGGGCAGGGCCUAUUAAAGCUCAGAAGCUUCCAGAUUUGAGUCUGGUAGAAAACAAAGAACAUAAACCUGGUCCCAUUGGAAAGGAGCGAUCAUUAAAAAAUAGAAAAGUGAAAGAUGCCCAACAGGCAGAGCCAGAAGGACAGGAGAAACCCAGCCCAGCUGUGGUCAGAAGCACAGACCCUGGAGCAGCAAAAGAAACCAAAGCUGUCUCAGAGAUGUCUGCUGACAUAGGAGCAAUGAUCUCGGUGUCAUCUGCAGAAUACGGCACUGACGCAAAGGAGUCUGUAACAGACUAUACUACACCUUCUUCUUCUCUGCCUAACACUGUGUCUACUAAUAAUGCAAAGAUGGAGGAUACUUUGGUUAAUAAUGUGCCCCUGCCCAACACCCUUCCCCUCCCUAAGAGGGAGACUAUACAACAGAGCUCCAGCCUAACUUCAGUUCCUCCCACUACUUUCAGCCUCACCUUCAAGAUGGAGUCUGCACGUAAGGCAUGGGAGAACUCUCCAAAUAUAAGGGAGAAGGGGUCUCCAGUCACUUCUGCAGCACCUCCCAUUGUGAGUGGAGUCAGCAGUAGUGCCAGUGGACCGAGCACUGCUAAUUACAACUCCUUCUCCAGUGCAUCGAUGCCUCAGAUCCCGGUUGCUUCAGUCACUCCUACAGCAUCAUUGUCAGGAGCUGGCACUUACACUACCUCUUCUUUGAGUACAAAAUCUACAACCACAUCGGACCCUCCUAAUAUUUGUAAAGUAAAACCCCAACAGUUACAGACAAGCAGCCUACCUUCUGCAAGUCAUUUUUCACAGUUAAGCUGUAUGCCUUCUCUGAUUGCCCAGCAACAGCAGAGUCCACAAGUUUAUGUGUCUCAGUCGGCAGCAGCUCAAAUUCCAGCCUUCUAUAUGGACACAAGUCAUCUAUUCAAUACCCAGCAUGCACGGUUGGCUCCACCUUCCCUGGCUCAACAGCAAGGUUUCCAACCAGGCCUCUCUCAGCCAACAUCAGUUCAGCAGAUUCCAAUUCCUAUUUAUGCCCCACUGCAAGGGCAGCAUCAAGCCCAGCUGAGUUUGGGGGCUGGACCUGCUGUUUCCCAGGCUCAGGAAUUAUUCAGUUCUUCAAUUCAACCAUAUAGACUUGCAAAUAAUAUGGCAGUUACAGUACCUUUACCAGCAUCUCAGCUCUCCUUGACUAAUUUUGGAUCUGCAGGACAGCCUCUGAUUGCUUUGCCUCAGACACUUCAGCCCCAGUUACAGCACACAACACCACAAGCACAGGCCCCAAGCCUGAGCCGCCCUGCACAAGUCAGCCAGCCUUUCAGAGGCUUAAUCCCUGCUGGAACACAGCAUAGCAUGAUGGCAGCCACAGGAAAGAUGUCUGAAAUGGAACUAAAAGCCUUUGGGAGUGGCAUUGAUAUCAAACCAGGGACACCUCCAAUUGGUGGCCGAAGCACCACACCAACGUCUAGUCCAUUCCGGGCUACUUCGACAAGUCCAAACAGCCAGUCUAGUAAAAUGAACAGCAUUGUUUAUCAGAAGCAAUUCCAGUCAGCCCCUGCCACAGUGAGAAUGACUCAACCAUUUCCUGCACAGUUUGCACCCCAGAUUCUCUCUCAGCCUAACCUGGUCCCUCCAUUGGUAAGAGCCCCACAUACUAACACCUUCCCAGCGCCUGUACAGAGGCCACCAAUGGCACUGGCCAGUCAGAUGCCUCCUCCGCUGACCACAGGCCUCAUGAGCCAUGCUCGUUUGCCACAUGUAGCCAGGGGUCCUUGUGGAUCACUAUCUGGAGUCAGAGGUAAUCAGGCCCAGGCUGCGUUGAAGGCUGAACAAGAUAUGAAGGCAAAGCAGAGAGCAGAGGUUCUUCAGUCCACGCAACGGUUCUUCUCUGAACAGCAACAGAGCAAACAGAUAGGCGGCAAAGCUCAGAAAGUGGACAGUGAUUCAAGUAAACCCCCCGAAACACUGACGGACCCUCCUGGUACCUGUCAGGAAAAAGUAGAAGAAAAGCCACCCCCCGCGCCCACCAUAACCACCAAGCCUGUUAGAACUGGACCAAUCAAACCUCAGGCGAUCAAAACCGAAGAAACAAAAUCUUAAAAGCUUUGGUUUAUUUUGGGGCAUUGGGGAUGGGUGGGCAGGGAAAAUGAAGUCAAAUAAUGCCAGCAGCCAGGGGUAGAAUGGUCUGUGACGUUAUCCUGUGUAGAGCUUGAAGAUGCUCAAGGGGCAUGGAGCAUUUACACUGACAGAGCUGCCACUCCAGUUGAAAGGAGGCUCUACAGGCUUGCACCUACUGUGUAAGGUCUGCUUGGUUGACGUGCAUCUUCAGUCGCUUUAUAUAUACAAGUGUGUCCACACGUACAUAAGUGCAUACAGUUUAGACCUAAGGAAGGAGCUUUGUGAUUCAAUGAAACACCAGAAAUAGAAGGAAAAUGACACCACCAUGGCUCAGUUGGGCACUGGGUGGUCCCAUUGAUAGAUCAGCUGUGGUUCUUUUGCUCCCUUGUGUUCUUUGGAUUUGUCUGUGGCAUUUCUAGGCUUGAAAGUAAAAUGAUGCUAACUGGUGCUGGAUAGAGGAGCCUUAUUUUUUAUUACGGCAGCUUGUUAUUUUUGUAACAUGGUGAUUUGGUUGAACACAAUAAAGUACAGUAGUAACUGAUCUCCCCUUCUUCCUGGAUGAGUGAGCAGAUGAUUAAAUACUGAUGUCAGCAUUCUUGAGUAUUUUCAAGUGAGCAACAUUUGGCUUCUGCUUCUGUUUAAAAUGAUGCUGUGUUUUGAUUGUGGUCCGAAGCUUUGAAGCACUACUUGGCAUCUCCUUCCUUCCUUGGAGGUCUCACCAUUUAAGCAUAACAGAUUUGAUAAAGUGUUGGUAAGGUGAGGUCUUGCUUGUCUCCACUAGGUCAUCUUCAUAUGAAUCCAGUGGUUAUAAGGUUUUGUUUUAGGGGUAUUCUUUCAUUUUUUUUAAUAACGGUUUUUAGCUGAUGUUCAUGAGGGAAUGAAUCCUUAGAACUGUGCCACUAGGUGAAAGGAAAUCCUAUCUAAGAGUGUUUCUUUACAGAGCUUGUCAUACCAUCCUUUGGGCCCUCUGCUGGAAAAGUAGAAUCAAGUCUCAAAUAAUGCCUUUUCAAUUGUAUCCUCUAGUAUUAUAGGUGUAGGACAGUACUGUAUCAUACCUCUGUGAAUGUAAAAUAGCUUGUACCUGCUUUAUGA